AUGGACUCAGUCUCCUGGUCGCGUCGGAGUCAGAGAUUUGAGGGGAAGGGAAAGGAUGCAAUGCUCAUUGUGAAAUUAUCUGAGGGUGCGAAUCGAGCGCAGGAGGGAUGGGGGAACGGAGGAGGUAAUCACUAUUCUUCGAAGUUCCCUAAUCCAAAGGCAACAUACAUUUACAUUAUCGCUGCUUGUUUUUCUUUCUAG